AUGGUUUCAGAAUCCACGCAAGAGUUUUUGAAAUGGUUUCGAGACUCUGGUGCAACUCUUCAUCCAGCAGUUGGGAUCAAAGAUUUUGAAGGCGUGGGCCGAGGAGCAGUGGCCCUCCACGAUAUUCAGAAAGACACGGUGCUUUUCACGGUUCCAAGGAGCAUCCUCCUCUCCACUCGAACGGCACCUUUGCGAGACAUCUUGGGCGACGAAGAUUGGUCGACUCUCAAAGGAUGGGAGGGACUUAUCCUCUCCAUGAUGUACGAAGAUUCAAGGGUCAAAGAUAGCCCAUGGUCAGGAUACCUACAAGAUCUCCCAACAAAAUUUGAUACCUUGAUGUUCUGGACUGAUGAAGAGCUUGAACAACUCCAAGCUAACAAGAUUGGCAAGGCUGCCACAGAAAAGGAUUUUCACGAGCGAGUGCUCCCACUCCUGCAAAGACGGACUGACGUCUUCGAACCCGCGCUAAGAGAUACAUUUUUCACCCUCGAACGUUUUCACAUCAAUGGCAGUCGCAUUCUCUCUCGUAGUUUCCACGUAGAAGAGUGGCAUGAUGAGCAUGCAUCUGAUGAUGAAUCCAUCCCAAGUGAACCCGACCACAAGCCGGUCGAAAUGAGCAGGGAUCCCGAUGCAAUGGACACAGAUGAAGGGCGUCCAGAAGGAGGUGAAGAUGACGAUGCAGAGAGCGACACCGAGUCUCCAGACGAUGUCAAUAUGGUUCCUAUGGCCGACAUACUAAACGCUAGAUAUGGCUGCCAUAACGCUAAAUUAUUCUACGAAAAGGAUCACCUCAAUAUGAUCGCAACCAAGGAUAUCCCUGCUGGGGAACAGAUCUGGAACACGUACGGUGACCCCCCCAAUGCCGACCUAUUACGUCAAUAUGGUCAUAUUGACAGGAUACCAAUCUUGAAUCCCGAGGUCGGAGUAUAUCCGUUUGAGAAUCCCGCAGACGAAGUCGAGAUACGAGCAGAUCUCGUUUUUGAUGUUUGUACUCCACAUCUACACGGGAAGGAACGCACGAGAAGGAUAGAUGACUGGCUGACGCUGGGAGGAGAAGACACCUUUGUGAUUGACAAUGAUGACCCUCUCUGCAAGCCGUUGCUUGGCAUUAUCAAAUUCCUUGGAAUGUCCGAACAGGAAGUCGACGACACACUGCAAAAGGACAAGCUCCCGAAGGGUAAGCCGACCGGAGAGCUACUCGAGGGCGCCCUUCAGGUGUAUAAACAAAGGUUGAAUCAAUAUGGGACAGCAUUAGAGGCAGAUGAGCAGAUGUUGAUUGAUCUCCAAGACAAGUAUAGUCGGCUGCACAACGCAGUCUUUUCACUUCCGAGUAAUUCAAAAGAUGGACCAGCACCCAAACGAAGGAAGACGGCUGGGUCUACAUCUCUAAGUAGAGCAGGUCAACUCGCAUACGCGUCAAGUAAUAAAAACCUACACUCUAUGAGCACGUCGGUCCAACCAGAAACUCACUCGCACUCAAAGCCGACGAUUGUUGGCGACCCCGACUCGAAAGAGAAUCUCGUGGCGAUGAUCCUGCGUCCAAGCUCAGGCAAAGAGCGCGCAAAGCCUACCAAGUUUAUUGCAAUGGAUUGCGAGAUGGUCGGUGUAGGUCCGUUUGGAGUAGAGAGUGCCCUCGCGCGAGUCACAGUCGUUAAUUAUGUUGGGGAUGUUGUGCUCGACGAAUUCGUUCUCCCGCAGGAAGCUGUCACGGACUGGAGAACCGCGGUCAGUGGGGUGCGAAAAGAGGACAUGGUCAACGCAAAGUCGUUUGGCGAGGUUCAGGCUAUGGUCUCUGAGCUACUCAAUGACCGAUACCUAGUGGGUCAUGCACUACAUAACGAUCUAUCCGCGCUCCUACUCAGUCAUCCAUGGACAAAGACACGGGACACACAAAAUUUCAAGGUCUUCAAGACUCUUUCCAAGUCGAGCAGGCCUGCCCUACGGAAGCUUGUCAAGGCUGUCUUUGACAUAAACAUUCAAGAGGGAGAGCACAGUAGUAUCAUUGAUGCCCGUGCCCCCAUGGCGCUCUACAGAAUGUACAGGAAGCAAUGGGAAAGCCCCGGCACACUUAAGGAGCCUAUAAAAGUCACAGUCGAUCCUCCAAUGUCUCUGGGCUCUGUGGUCAAUCAGCCGGUCAGCAGCACCGUGGAGGUUCGCUCGUUCCCGACGCCAGAUGAAGAUGGACAGCCAGAAGAGGGAGAUUCGGACAUUAGCAUCAAUAUUACCAAGAAGCCGAAAGCACCAGAUCUACAUAAGGCAUCAACCCCAAAAGGGGCCCUAUCCACGGCAGGGCCUGCCAAGAAGAAGAAGAAACAAGGUAUAAGCAGUGGCAUUUCCGUAGUGGUCACACGCAACGAGCGGACACAGAUUCAAGGCAGGACAAGGAACGCUUCUUCAAAUGCCAGGGGUGGGAAGCAGUCAAGUGGUGGCGGCGGAGCAUGGUGGAAAACCCUCAAAGGUGAUUAG